CAAUACAACACUUGUGAGCGUUGUUUGUGUCACACAUUCAUCACAACCGACCCAUAGAUGGCGUGACUCUCACUCUCUCUCACAUCCAAUGCUUGCAGUCGUGUAGGGCUUGAGCUCUCAGUUGUGUCCUUUUCCGGCAAACGCUAGCAAUGGGUAUAUCUCGCGAUCACUGGCAUAAACGCCGCUCCACUGGUGGUAAGAGGAAGCCUCUGAGGAAGAAGAGGAAGUUCGAGUUGGGCCGACCCGCCGCCAACACUAAGAUCGGAGCAAAACGUGUGCAUCUCGUGAGGACCAGAGGUGGUAACCGUAAGUUCCGAGCGCUGCGUCUGGACCAUGGCAACUUCGCCUGGCCUUCUGAGCGAACGACACGUAAGACCCGUAUUAUUGAUGUCGUGUACAACGCGUCUAACAAUGAAUUGGUCAGAACCAAGACUUUGGUGAAGAACUGCAUUGUUCUGAUCGAUGCGACGCCUUUCCGCCUGUGGUUUGAAAACCAUUAUUCGGCGCCUUUGGGCCGCAAGAAGGGCAUGAAAUUGACGGAAGCGGAAGAAGAGGUGUUCAACAAAAAGAGAAGCAAAAAGUGUGAAAAGAAGUAUAAAUUAAGACAAAAGGUGGCGAAAGUGGAGACGGCUCUCGAGGAACAGUUCAUGACUGGACGCGCACUCGCGUGUUUGGCCUCACGUCCGGGACAAGUGGGAAGAGCUGACGGCUACCUCUUGGAGGGCAAAGAACUGGAGUUCUAUCUUAAGAAAAUCAAAGCCAAGAAAGGAAAAUAGAUGUCAUUUUUUGAUUUUUCCAAUAAAAUUAUUGAAUAAAAUAUUUGUUUGCUUUAA